UUUUUUUUUUUUCUUGCUUUAUUCGUUCACCAUUUUUCAUCUUUUUUCCCCGUCUCUUCCUCUUUGUCUCAAUCACUUCCUCUCUUGUCGUCAGUUGCCUGUAGCAACAAGCCUGUUGAAAAACUGGUUUCCUUGGUGCUGCGGUUGCCAUGGUGACGUGCUGCGACAGCAGCUUCAGUCCAAUGACUGGAGGUGAACCUUGAAGACUUCACAGUCUUCGUCUUCAUCAUCGUCCUUUCAUAGAGCAGUUGACGCCCUGGUGUCAACGAUUGAUCGUUGAUUUAUUUGUUAAUCAAACACCUGAUUAAUAUUAAUUAAAAAUGAAUAACCCUUUUAUAAAAUAUGUUAAACCAAAAAAGGAGAAACAAGUCGACUUAAUAAUACUAAUGGAUUCAGCUAUGCUGCCCUCUGCCUCUAUUUUCUCUUUUUCUGUUCCUGUUUAACCCCACUAGGUGGCAAUAAUAUAACUCAAUUGAUACCAGCUGCAGCCUAAACCCACAGAAGAAGAAAGUGGCAUAGGAGGAGACAUUGGGGUGAGGAUCAGACCCUACUAAAGGGGUAAAAUAAGUUUAAAAAAAUCAGUGCUCAGCGCUGCAGCAGCCAGCAGGGGGCAAGCGGUUUGCAGCACACUGUUCUGAAAGAGCUAAGGCAUUAGCAGCAUUCGUGUUAGCAAACCCAUAUACGGUUUUUGAUUGUGUUUUUUUUUUUAAUUUAUUAUUUUUUUAACAUGCUAUUUUUGCAGAAUUAUGGGCCCCACCUGCACUGGGCCACUAGUAUUCAACAGUAUACUGCACAGGUCUGUGCUAAUAGGUGGAGUCUAGACAUGUCCAGCUCAUACACACACACUGUGUGGUCUUUAGGGGGCGUAGACUAGUUUUUUGAAUCGAACAGAGGUCUUAUCUUCAGGCUGUUUCUAGGCGCAGGCAGGGGGCGCCAACAGUGCAGUCAGCACUAUCACUUUAAGGUGAAAGGAGGAUGCUGCUCCUCGCAUCAUCUUCUUCAGUGGACGCACACACUUUUCUUCUGUGAAUUACGAUGAAACAACCGCCACCAUCUUCGUCAUACUUCGUCUGCCGAUGCUCCGUGUGCAGACACCGACAAAAGCCGAGUGAAACCGAAACCUCUGUGCCUCCGGAGCAGCAGCAACAUCUGUGCUAAAGGAUCAACCGAACACCAGCAUCAGCGACAUUUCACGCGUGUUUUUUCACGCGGUGGAAUUUUAUUUCUGCUUCGUUCUGAUCCAUCUCCAUCUUCUUCUUCAUCAUUAUCUUCAUCAUCAUCUUCCUUCUCGGCAACAGCAGCGGACCUCGUCGGUCUGAGGCCGCAGUCAUGACGCUGCUGGAGCAGCUUGUUUACCUCUGAUUUAUUGAUUGAUGGAUGGAUGGAUGAUUUGAUGACUGAUCAAUGGAUGGCACGCCGGAGCCGAAGCAGCUGCGAUUACGCUCAGAGAGAAUACAACUUUCUGUUCGCACAGAGCAGAUAACAAACAGGUCUCUGCUGGGCUUCUUCAGCUGGUUUUAAUGAAUGUCCUCAGAGGACAGCGCCUCUCCCUGGACACCUAAUUGGACUGAUUGAAUAACAUGGAGGCACAUGGCAGCACCUUGUUUUUAAAUGGGCCUCCUCUCUGAUGAAGCCUAUAAGUGAUGGUUUAUGCUCAGUCAACCCUUGGUGUCAGUCCCUCUUUUUACUCCACUUUGCUUACAUAUCAGAUGUCCUUUAACUACUCGGAGAAGGAGAACUCGACUGUCCUGGCAUCGUUAACCACAACCACCCAGUGCAGCCUCGAGGGCUCCUCCUCCGACCAGGCCAACAGGACGUAUGCCUCCUACGAACUGACUGCCGGUGAGGUGGCAGUCCUGGGCCUGGUUUUUGGGGCUCUCUGGCUGAUCUCUAUCCUGGGAAAUGCCCUCGUCUGCCUGGUUGUCCACCGCAGCCGACGAACUCAGUCCACCACCAACUACUUUGUGGUGUCCAUGGCCUGUGCGGACUUGCUCAUGAGCCUGGGCUGCGCCCCCUUCAUCCUCUUGCAGGUGGCAUCAGGACGGUGGCCGCUGAGUGCUGUGGCAUGUAAAGCUGUACGUUAUCUGCAACACCUGUGUCCCGGUGUUCAGGUCUACGUCCUGCUCUCUAUUUCUGUGGACCGCUUCUACACCAUCAUCUACCCGCUCAGCUUCAAGGUGUCCAGGGAGAAGGCCAAAAAGUUGAUCCUGGCCUCAUGGCUCCUGGAUGCCAUCUGUAUUUCGCCUUGCUUCUUCUUCUACGGGUCUUCAUCCGUAGAAAAUCACUGUGACUUUUUUCUUCCGGACAGUUGGGGCAGUGUAGCCUACGCAGCUGUACACCUGCUGGCUGGUUUUGUUGUCCCGGCAGCCCUGAUUGUAUUCCUCUACCAGCGAGUAAUCCGCUACAUUUGGAGGAUCAGUGCCGAUGGACACACAGUGCGGAGGACAAUGAACAUCGUCCCACGGACUAAAGUCAAAACCAUCAAGAUGUUUUUAAUGCUGAACUCGGUUUUCUUUCUGACCUGGAUGCCGUUCUAUGUCGCACAGUUGUGGCACCCAGGAGAGUCCGACGAUCCCAGCAGGGAUGGACUCCUCUUCUUCACUGCCAUCGCCUGGAUCUCCUUCAGCUCCACUGCAUCCAAACCAACGCUGUACUCCGUCUAUAACGCAAACUUCAGACGGGGAAUGCGGGAGACCUUCUGUAUGUCGUCGAUGAAAUGCUACCGCAGUAAUGCGUACACCAUUACUGCGAGUUCUCGAAUGGCCAAAAAGAACUACGUCGGGGUGGUCGAUAUUCCGGUGCAAACAAAAACGAUGACCAAGGACUCGGUUUACGAUACAUUUGACCGAGACGUUAAAGAGAAAAAAGUAGCCUGGCUCAGUAACGCCAACCCUCCCAACACGUUUGUGUAAAUGAGACUUCAACACGUUGAAUUUAGACUAAUGAACUAUAAAAACCUUUAUCACUUGUAGCAUUAGCAGGUGAGCUAAUAGAGACCACCAUUCUGAGCCUGUAUUUUACUUCUCCACUCACAGAAACAAUAGUGUUCCAGGUAAAGGGCUUUUUUGGACAACUCCUCUUGGCAGCCAUAUUGGAAAUUUGCCAAUAGCUAACAGCUACUGAUUUUUCAUGGAAAAUUUCAAUUGUUGUCCCGUAAUGUACUGUGUUUGGAAGAAUCAUUUUUGUCAUUACACUUGCAUUUUAGUAAUGUUCACUUGUUAGCUAGCUAACUAUAAUCUGUGGCAAUCUAUCAGUGAAAUGUUGUAGCCAAGUUUCUGCAGUAACGUGUGGGGUCGAAGCUGUACAUUAGCAGCCCUGAGGAUUUUGCUUCGUUGAGGUGGGACGUGAUGUUUGUGAGCAAAACGCAAUUUAAAGACAUCAACAUGAACCUUUGAAUUAUAAUUGAUAAGAUUGACAUUUUAAACUAAAUUUGUAUUGAUAAUUGUUUUAAAUGUUUUGAAGACUGAGCUUCUUUCUGUGCAAAAUGUAAUACCGACAUUAAAAAAAAAACGUAGUAAAUGUUUUUGCGUUCAUCAAUUUUUUACCAACAUUUGCUCGCAAGAAAAAGUUGGAAAUCGCUCGCGCUCACUGAAAUCUUCUGCAAUGAACAAAACUAACCACACGAGGCAGCAGUAAAACAACAGCUCCCGUGUCAUUUUGAGCUAAAAAUUUGACAACUAUCAAAUAGUCAACUUACUGAUGAGGUAGCAAUAUGUCCAGAAUGUAUGUGUGAUUUUUUAAAAAUCCCUGAUUUUUCCCUGAGGAAACAUCAUAACCGAGAUUCAUUUAAAACCAGUGAAAUGAAAAACAACAAUUUUGAGAUAGCUUUAACAACACUUAUUUAUUUGUGAUUAAAGGAGGGAAAGAAAGGUGCUAAAUUGCAGAAAGGUGCAAUAAUAAUAUCUGUUGGUCUGAAACGAGAUAAACAGUAACAGCAGUUACUACUACUAAGAACCAGGUGAACAAAGAGCAGGUUGUUAUCACACUGAGCAGAAGCUAAGAA